AUGCGCAAGCCAAACAAGCUCGGCAAUAUCGAGCUUUCGGAUGGUUGGUCGUUCGUGACCCGCUCAAAGGGUGGGCGCCCUAGAAAAGACAAGACUCCAUCAAGUCAUGAGGCAUCAGGACCAGACCUGCCAGCGUUAGCGGCAGAUGUUUCGCGUAUUACUGAAGAAAUAGAGAGGAAUCUCUCAAAAUUCGAAGAUUCAUCAUGCGCGGCGGCAUUGGAUACAGUUGUGGCGUCUUCUCAGCCGGGAAGCAUGGAGACUGCGCUCUGCCUUGGCCUUGGGAGUCUUGGUCCAGAGCCCACAAUGGCCACCAGACGCUCAAUGACACAGUUCACCGUCUUCCUCUGGCUUCUCAAACAUCUCUUCACCACUGGUGUCGACAACGAUGUGAGGAUCCUGGCAGUCGACCCAUCCUUUACAAGCACGGACAAAGCUGUACUAGAACAUUUUGGGGUUGCUACUGCUGCAAAGGCACUGCACAAUCAAUUCACUCCAAAGGAUUGCUUUUUUUUCGCACCUUAUCUACCUUGGCCUGUGUUAACCCUUGACUACCUUUCUCGAAACACAGAGAGACCAAAAGUAAUUGUAUGUCAGGACUUGAAAUCCGUACGGGAGAACCUUGAGUUGCGAAGGCUGGAGAUGGCAAGCGAAAGAGCUGUUAUUAAUAUAUACGGGAGAGAUUGUACCCGGAAAGACGUGGAUCUGGCCAUUGAUGUGUGUCAAGAAAUGGUCGAGAAGUUCAACACCACUGCCUUUCCACCUUAUGACAAUUUCGCAGAGGCAUUCCAAAAUUUGGCAAUCUACAUGACAAUGAAAACUGAAGAAGCCGAAUGA